AAAACGACGAUUCUUGGCACUGGGAUGCCAGUAAGCACAUUCCCCCGUCUCCUGACUGACUAGAAGAGGUGGGAUCCGGCUCCGAGGGGAAACGUGGGGAGGAGUCGUGUUUUUCUGCGAAAGCCCUAAUGACAUCAGACGUAGCAGGCUGGGCACCCCUUACUCUCAAGACAAAGGCAAAAGCCCAUCAGGACUGACUGAGCCCAGGCUAGUCAGAGUGAGCUCACUUGGCAACCAGAGAGGGAUGCUUCAGGCAGGUAGACACUGAUGAGACGACACUGGAUGGAACACUAUGCUGUUACCUGUGCUCCUGGCUAUUCAGCUUGACAAAUUGACUCAGCUGCGUAUGUAAAUAGGAGUAGUUUAUUUUAAGAAGUUAAGCGCAACAAGACCUCUACGCAGCACUUCCUCUGGGGAGAGAAUCAAGUAAGCAGACUGCAUCUGAACCAGUGCCAAUGGGGCCCAGCAUCCAGGGUUUCCUCUGCGUCCUCCUUGUGUCUUUUUGGAGUCAGGCGGACGGCCUCUCCAGGGGACCACUCCUGGCCCGCAGGCGGAGGGCGCCGGCCGACGGGGCCGAGGGUGCCCCGAAAAAGUGCUCCUACACCUUCCUGGUCCCCGAGCAGAAGAUCACCGGCCCCAUCUGCGCCACCAAGGGGCCCGCGUUGCCGGACAAGGACCGCGUGACGCGCAUGGACGUGGCGGACGUGCGUGAUCUCCUGUCCAAGCAGCAGCGGGAGAUGGACGCACUGCGGCUGUCCGUGGACGUGGACGGCAACCUGGUGAACGAGAUGAAGCUGCUGCGCAAGGAGAGCCGCAACAUGAACUCGCGCGUCACGCAGCUCUACAUGCAGCUGCUGCACGAGAUCAUCCGCAAGCGGGACAACUCGCUGGAGCUGGCACUGCUGGAGGGCCGCGUGCUCAACGCCACCGCCGAGUCGCUGCGGCUGGCCUCGCGCUACCGCGAGCUGGAGGCCCGCUUCUCGCUGGCCGGCGUGGUCAACAACCAGUCGGUGCUAAUCGGCGCGCUGGAGGAGCGCUGCAUGCAGGUCUACGGCAGCCGGCGGCCAGAGGCCGGCGGGCCACCGCUCGUGCAGGUGGUGCCAGAGAACAUUCCGGUGCACGUGCCCCGCUACUUCAACGAGAUCCAGAGAGACCACGGACGGGCCUUUCCCCGAGACAGGGGCUCCCGGGCCGGUCCUGCCCCCACUGGAAGCACUGCGGACAUCCUGAAACCACCUGAGGGCAAUUUCAGCUCAGAAGGGCCGUUUCGGGACUGCUUCCAGGCGAUGCAAGCUGGCCACAGCACCAGCGGGAUGUUCGUUCUGAAGCCAGACGGCAGCGAGCAGGCUGUGCAGGCCUGGUGUGAGCACGACGUGGACAACGGCGGCUGGACGGUCAUCCAGAGGAGGAAGGACGGCUCGGUCAACUUCUUCAGGAACUGGGACAGCUACAAGAAAGGCUUUGGCAACAUAGACAGUGAAUACUGGCUUGGUCUGGAGCACAUCUACAACCUGGGCAAGCAGGGAGACUACCGUCUGCUGGUGGAGAUGGAGGACUGGACGGAGAAGAAGGUCUACGCCGAGUACAGCAGCUUCCACCUGGAGCCAGAGAGCGAGUCGUACCGCCUGCGCCUGGGCACCUACCAGGGCAACGCUGGGGACUCUCUGACCAGUCACAACGGCAAGCAGUUCACCACCCUGGACAGAGACAAGGAUGCCUUCUCAGGUAACUGUGCCCACUUCCAUAAGGGAGGGUGGUGGUACAACGCCUGUGGGCAAGCCAAUCUGAACGGGGUGUGGUACAACGGUGGAGUCUACCGCAGCAAGUUCCAGGAUGGCAUCUUCUGGGCUGACUAUGGAGGUGGCUUCUACUCCAUGAAGGCUGUGCGCAUGUUGAUCCGACCCAUUGACUAAGGCCCAACACGCUGGUGGGGUUGCUCAGCACCCCGACCCUUUCGUAACCUCCGGGACCGUGCUGCCAAUAGUUUCCAUUCACUUUUGUUUACAGCUUCCUGAGACAGGACAUUGUGUUCCUCAUUCUCACUGUGUAUAUGUAUGUAUAUUGUGGUUGCCACAGGUUUGAGAGGUAUGAGGAUUAAAUGGAGUGCAGCUGACGAUGAUCACUAACUCCCUCCCUUUCCCAAACACGCUAACUUUCAGACAUCAGCAAAAUCUGAGCAGCGGUCUAGAAACCGGUUAAGUCGGUGCCAGCAGUGGUUUCUGGCAGGAAUCACGCUUUUUUCCACCAUUCCUUCUGGGCCUGACAAACCAGAGUCCUGCAGGUGCUGCAGUCCUCAUGUCUCCUGAGAAACUGGGGCAUGGCACAGGCGCCACCUUGGCCACUCUCAUUCAGUGCCACCAUGCCACUGCCAUCACCAGCACGUAGAAGUAGAUGAGUGAAUGCUGUCAAGUGUAUGAAUUUAAGAAACAAAAGACAAACUCAUGUGGAUGAAUGGAUGAAUGAAUGAUUGAAACGAUUUUACAGUGCCAUACCAAAUGCACUCAUAUUAUUGUUCUGUUAUUAUGUGCUUUAUUUAAAAGCCCUUGCCAUGUUAUAUCUUAAGGAUUUAAACUUUGGUUAUGUUUUCCAGAUGUGAAUAGUUACUUGCACCUAGAAAAAAAUAUGAUUGCCAUUAAUAAUUCAUGUCAGUUCAGAGAAAAACAACUUCUGGAAAAGUUGUGUAUUACACUGCGGUUAGCAGCAGGAAAUGUAUUUAAACAAUUAGUGCAAAUCAUGUUUGAUGCAGCCAACUUGUGUAUAGCGGAUGUUAUUGAAAUCUCACAGCUAAUUAGUUUUCAAUGUGAGCUACUGAGAAACAGAAGGCACACAAAUACGUAAAGGACUUACUCUUUGCUCCAGCAGUUUGAGAAUGUAAAACGUCAGCUAGCACGAAGCAGUAGAACAGACAACGAGAACCACAUUGCUGAAACCCAGACAAGAGGGAGAAGUGGUUAAGAAGAGAGGAGAGGCGAGGGGGUGCUGGUGGUUCUGAGGAGGAAUUGGAGAUGGAAACUCUCCAAAUUUCCGUGAAUAUGUUUUUUUCAAUCUUCCUUUUAAAACACAGAAAUUUACAUUCUUUCCAUUCGUAUGGGCUCAGCAUUUUUUGGUGUUUUUAUUCAAAAGACUCAGAAAUCCUCAGGCUCUGUAAUCACCAGAGGAACAUCAACAUGGCUCUUGUUUGAUGGCAGGAAACUGUACACUGUGUGUUCUGCCCAAAGGCAUACAGUCUGUCGAAGAGCUUUCAAUAAACAAUAUUAAGACAUACCUGGGAUUCUAAUUAUAUGUUUACUGACUCUUGACUGGGCACCCAGUCAUGUGAUUUCCUGAACAUUUUUGAAUGAUGAAAUCUUUAAUAAAUCAAUGAAUGAA